GAAUAGUGAUUUCAGUUUUGUGCCAAGAGUCGCUGCGAUCGCACAGACAUCCUGAAAAUGAAGCUGAUCUGGGCUGUGUUUCUGCUGGUGUGUCCCGUUCUGGUGCCAGCGCUGCGGGAUAAUUACUGCGAACGGAACGAAACGGUGCGGUCUAUAGUUCCGGUGAAGAAGCAAAGAACCAUCGUAAAGGAGCCACCAAAAUGGAAGAUCUGGAAGAAGACUGUGAAGUUCACCGAGACCUACGAUUCGGAAGAGGAGCAGGUGACCCACAGAUUGGUUCGCGAGUGCUGCCAGGGCUACACCAAGGUAGAGUCCGGUCUGUGCGAGCCCAUCUGCACUCGCGGCUGUCCGGCCCACGCCAGCUGUGCCGCUCCGGAACGUUGUGAGUGCAUUGCUGGCUACGUUUCGGCAAAGAGCCACCACGGUGGCAGCCACUACUGUGAACCCAUCUGUGAGACAGGUUGCACGGCCGGAGCUCAGUGCGUCUCGCCCAACACCUGUGCCUGCCGCGACGGCUACGUCCAGCAGAAGCCUGCCGGCGAUGGUGUCAGUGGCGACUGCCUGCCCACAUGCCAGGUUGGAGGUGGCUGCGCAAAUGGACGCUGCAUCGACGUGGAGCGGUGCGCCUGCAACCCGGGCUACCGGUGGGACAAAACGGAAGAAAUGUGCCAGGAGGUGGAAGGAAGUUCGGAGGAACUGGACUCCACCGAGGAGAGCCUAAUCGAAGCUGAGUCCACAAGCUAUACGUCGUCUGCCAUUAUAGAGUGUCAGGAGGAUUUCGUCCUCUUUAACGGAGAAUGCCGGGAAAAGCAGUUCACCAGCAACGAGGUCAGUUGCCUCACUGCCGGUUGUGGUCCCCAUCAAAGCUGCCUCGAGUCCGGGAUGUGUCAAUGCUUGGACGGCUAUGUUCCACAGGAACCGACCGAAGCCGAGGAUUCGCUCACCUGUCAGCGUGACCAGACAUUGCUUGACAAGAUUCUUGGCCUCAAUGAAGCUGCCGACGACGAGGGCGAAGUGAAUCCCUGGACUAUUCCUAUCAUAGGGGUGGCCAGUGGGUCCCUGUUUGUCCUGCUGGUAGUGGGCUUGCUGGGAGGAAGGCGGUAUCGCAUGGGACGAGCGAAGGCAGCUGACAAGGAGUUGGGGUGCCAGUACUCCCAGGAGACCGUCGAGGGGGAUCACUUGGUUCUGUGAGGUGGAGGCCCGCUCUCGCUAUGGGCUGUGUUAGAUAAUAUUUGAUUGUUAAUAUAAGGGAACUUUUGUGGAAGAAAUAAAAAUUUAAUUAAUAAAAGCUGAA